GGAACCAAAGCUAAACAUCAGAUAUGAAGAUAUGAAGGGGAGUUCUGGGCUGUUUCCAGAACAGGAGUAAAUAAAAAGACUUAAAUUUGUAGCAGAGUCUCUGUAGUACUGAUUCUCGAAGUGACUGUAUUCUAAUGCACAGAAUAAGUGGAUAAAGAAAUAUUUGAGUGACAGAGGCUUUAUUCUCCCUGAAGGUGUCRUUACUUGUAGAGUACCUGUCAUCUUUGCAUGGUUGGCUUGCUUCCUAGUCUGCACUGUUGAGGCCAUAGUAACCAAAGAUGAGUCGUGGAUUUUCAGAAAACAAUAACUUUCCAUAUGACAACAACCAAAUGGUUUUGGAUAUGAUCCUGUGUUCCUUAGUUGGCGUUCCUCAGCCCAUCAACUGGGACAGUGUGGCAAGGCUAGUUCCAGGAUUCACAUCCAAAGAGUGUGCAAAAAGGUUUGAUGAACUAAAAAGCAGUGGAAGCUCGCCUGUUGACAACCAGUAUAAUCCCCUAAUGGCUGUUGGUGGGAGUCCUGUGGAAAGUUUAGCAACAUACAUCAAAUCCUCCCUGCUUGAUACACAGACAGAGUUUCAGGAGCCUUCUGGUGGGCAGAAUUCUGUUACUACAACUGGAAGGCCUACUACCACCUCCACAAGGAAUAGUUCUCCAGAGUCUGAGAAAGAUCCUGUGCAUAAAGAUGAAGAAAGCACUGAUGGAAAUCAGGGGCCAAAUAUGGUGAUCCAUGUGUGUGAUGAAGCAAAAAACCUCAAAGAAGAUUUUGUUUGUCCUCGAGACCUUUUGGUUUCAGAAAUGAAGUAUUUUGCUGAAUACCUGUCAGUGGAUGCCCAGCGCUGGGAAGAGGUGGACAUCUCAGUGCACUGUGACGUUCACAUCUUUGACUGGUUGAUGAAAUACGUCAAAAGGAACACCAAAGAAUAUGAAGCUUCUGAAAUGCCCACUCUAGAACCAGCAAAUGUUAUAUCAAUUCUUAUUUCUUCUGAAUUUUUGAAGAUGGAUUCAUUAGUAGAAAAAUGUAUUAAUUAUUGCCAUGAAAAUAUGAAUGCCAUUGUAGCCACACCAUGUAACAUGAAUUGCAUCAAUGCUAAUCUUGUUACACGAAUUGCUGAUCUCUUCACACACAAUGAAGUGGAAGAGCUGAAGGACAAAAGAGACAAAUUUAAGAGUAAACUUUUCUGCAAGAAGAUUGAGAGACUCUUUGAUCCAGAGUAYCUAAAUCCAGAUUCUCGGGGAAAUGCAGCAACGUUAUACAGAUGUUGUUUAUGUAAAAAACUACUAACUAAAGAAACACAAAGACGAAUUCCUUGUGUACCAGGAAAAAUCAACAUAGAUCAACAUGGAGAUAUUGUCUAUGUUCAUAUAAGAGAUAAAACCUGGGAAGUCCAUGAGUAUUUAAUUGGCCUUCAUGAGGAAUUGAAAUCUUGGCGGGAUGUUUAUUGGCGCCUCUGGGGSACUGUCAAUUGGUUGACCUGCUCCAGGUGUAACCAAUGUUUCCUGGGCACCGAGUUCUCCCAUUGCCAGUACCAUUCGCAGCCAGUUCUCUAUCCCGGUGUAGCAAGUGCUCUGGGUUCCACUGGGACAGGAGUUUAUCCCUGUUGCAACCAGAAAGUACUUCGAUUUGAUCCUACAGCUCUCCCAAAGGGCUGUAAAGUGAGGGAUCAUAUGGUGGCUUCACCUUCAGAAGAUAAAGAUGUUUUGCCAUCUCAGACUACUAAAAUACUCAACGAUCUGCUUCACCACAGAGAUGUUAUUGUUGUUCCUUUCACUAAGGAUGAAAAUAGUGAUUCUGGUAUUGGACUAUGUGAUGAAAAAGGUAUUGAAUGUGAUGUGCUGUUAGAACCAAAUAUGCCAUGGGGCCCCAAAACAGGAGAAAUCAAUGCUUUUCUUUCUCUGAAGAACUGGACAUUGCAGCUGAAACAGCAGUCACUGUUAUCUGAAGAAGAGGAGUAUACCACUGGCUCAGAGGUCACGGAAGAUGAAGUGGGGGAUGAAGAAGAAGUGUGCAGGAAACCAGCAGGGAGAAAGGAGAAAUUAAAGAAAUCCUGCAAGCAUCCRAAGAAAGUGAUUUCUUCACCUAGUGUUCAGAAAAAAGAGAAGCCAUCUGACAAGUCAAGUUCCCGAGAUGCAUCUCCAUUUAUUGUGAGUAUGCAGCAGAACAAAUGGGAUCCCUCCAGAUCACUAAGAUUCAACCAAGAUGCUCAAAGAGAAGAUGAUCAGAGAAGAAUGUCUGAGAUUACAGGUCACUUGAUAAAAAUGCGACUAGGAGACCUGGAUCGAGUCAAGGCAAAAGACAGUAAAGAAUAUGCAGGAGGCAUUUAUUCUAGGCUUGAAGCUCAGAUAAAGGCUUCAGCACAAGUCAAUGCACGACAAAACAAUGCAGAGAAGAACACAAGGUCAAAAUCUCGUUUUGGUCAAGGUCGUCCAACUUAAGGGCCGUGAAGAAAACAUAGCCAAUACACUACUGCUUCCUGAAACUGUACUGCACUCUGGCAUAUAGAGAAUGCAUAAUUCUGAAAGCUUUCCUGUGACUUAUUUAUUACUUUAAGCUAUGUAAAUUAUUUUGUGUGUUAAAUGAAUGCAAAUCCAUUGAGGUCUGUAUUUAUUUUAAAUGUAAAUACACUAUUUCUUAAAGUUAAACUUAAUUUUUUAGGCUAUUGUGUUAAGUUGCAUAGAAAUAUUUUAUAAUUUACAAAGUUAAAUUAUUAGACUAUUUAUGGGGAAAGAUGUAAAUAUGCCUUCUGGUAUGCUAGAAAUACUGAAAAGGAGAAAUGCAAGACUACUGAAUUCUGAGUACAGUCAUCAGUGUUGACACAAAUCACCUACAGUAUUUAUUUUAAUAUUGUAUUUAAGGACACAUUUUAGGUCUACCCUCUGGUGAUUUCCAUUUAGCCAGUGUAAUUACCUAGACUAGUUAGAGCAAACUUGUAAUGCAGUUUUGAAGCUUCCCUCCAUAUACCUGUACAAUUCUCAUUUGUGUGAAAGUCGGUGACAGGUGAGAUCUAGACCUCCAAAGAUGAUUUAAAUGCAGUGAUGAUGCAGUUCAUAUGCAUUUUGCCUAUGAAACACAUGCUUUACUUAGAUGGAAAAUAUUAAAUAUUGAUUCCUAUUUCAUAACUCAUUCCUCUUCCGCACUACAGUGUUUUGUUCUCUUCCCAUGUCCAGACCUUAGGAGGCAAAACACUUCUGUCGUAAUGAUGUCAUGCCACUAAAUCUUGCGGCAAAUGUGUUGUUAAUUCUGCAAGUUUUCAYUGAGAUGAAUUUGUGCAUAUUGAUCUUUGGGUCUAGAUACUUUCCGAAACCUGCCUGAAUAAUGCUGUUUUGAAGUCAGAUGCACUUUGAAGUUUUUUAUUUGGAGCAAUAGAAUACAAGUUCGUCUACCCAUACAAUCCAGGGCUACCAAAUGAAAUAACUUGUCUAGAAAAUAAAUCAUUCUGAGCAAAGAAAAAUGGCAAUAAUAGCUGAAUUCAAGAAAACAUUUUCUGACUUUUUGAAACAGGUAGAAAGAGCCCUCAGGGAGUGCUWAUUUCAGACAUCAGCUGUACAAUAAAUUGUGAGUUUGAAAUUAAGUCAGCAAGACCCUGGGGUGAGGGUACGGGGGGUGGGUUAUCCUUGAAAUGCAUUCUUCUCUCUAUUUAAGCUUUCUUGUUUGUCUUGUGUCUUAGGGAAUUUUAAAUUGGCAUUAGAAGACAAGGAUAGCAAUACUUAAAAAUACUGCUUUCAAGAUUUUUACUGGAACAGUAUAAGUGAAUUUUGUUUCUUAUGUGUUUUGUCCAAUGCUAUAGCAAAUUCAGAGCCCAGUGAAACCAACAGGCAAAUAGCCUUGAUUUGAGGCAGGAGUGGUAACUUUGCAGGAGUACUUUAACCUGUGUCAAAUAAAUAAGGCUUUACUAAUGCCUCAGGUCUGUUUGUAAGUAGUAAUGCAAUUCUAGGCAUUUAUAGUAGAUACUGAAAGACUAGUUGUUGUUUGCUGAGAAAGUAUUUAGAAUCUACCAGGUACAAAAAUGCAGUAGAAAAUAUUUUGGCAUAAUUUUGAUAUUUCUGAUAGUUAUUCCAAAUUCCACAGUUAAAUUGUGCUAGGAAAAUUGCAAGCUGUGUGUAUAUGCGGUUAGUUUUCUUAGAACUACUGACUAGGCAAAGGGGGAAAAUCCUGCUCUAUGGGUUCUGAGGGAAGUGAUGGUUUUGCAUGCCAGUAUUGUAGUAUUUUAUUCAGAAACGAUUUUGAGCUUAUGAGAAUAAUAUAUAUGAUAUGUAAUCUAUCUUUGAAGUAUUUUCCUCC